GCGCCGCCCCGCCCCCUCGCCGCAGCCCCGCCGGAAGUGGAGACGAGAGCUUCCCAUGAUGCCCCGCGGGGCCCCUAUUCAAACUGCGCGGAGAAGAGGGAGGAGGUCGUGAUGGCGGCUCCGGGGCCGGAAGUGCUGUGCCCGGCCGCAGUACCAGAUUUGGAAUGGUAUGAGAAGUCAGAGGAGACCCACGCCCCCCAGAUAGAACUACUCGAGACUACCUCUACUCAAGAACCUCCCAACCCUUCGGAGCCCUUUUACCCCAGAAACUGCAUGGUGCCGGUGGUGUUUCCCGGGCCUGUGAGCCAAGAAGGCUGCUGUCGUUUUACUUGUGAACUUCUAAAGCAUAUCAUGUACCAGCGCCAACAACUGCCUCUGCCCUAUGAACAGCUUAAGCACUUCUACCGAAAACCUUCUCCCCAGGCAGAGGAUGCAAUGAAGAAGAAAGCUCGGGCUGCUGCUGAGAUGAGCAGCAGGAAAUGCCAACAAGCCCUGGCGGAACUGGAGAGUGUCCUCAGCCACCUAGAGGGUCUCUUUGCACGGACAUUAGUACCCCGCGUGCUUAUCCUCCUUGGCGGCAGUGCCUUAAGUCCCAAGGAGUUCUAUGAGCUUGAUUUGUCUCGCUUGGCCCCCAACAGCAUGGAUCAGAGCCUGAGCACGGCAGCUUGUUUGCGCCGUCUCUUCCGAGCCAUUUUCAUGGCUGAUGCCUUCAGUGAGCUGCAGGCUCCUCCACUCAUGGGCACCAUUGUCAUGGCACAGGGGCACCGUGACUGUGGAGAAGAUUGGUUUCGACCUAAGCUCAACUACCGAGUGCCCAACCGGGGCCACAAACUGACUGUGACCCUGUCCUGUGGCAGAUCCUCUAUCCCAACCACAGCCUGGGAGGAUUACGUCUGGUUCCAGGCACCAGUAACACUUAAAGGCUUCCAUGAGUGAAUGGGGGUGCUUCUUAAUUGUGAACACAGUGGCUUAAAUUAUCUUUCCCCCAGUGGCACCAAGUCACCCAUCUCUUGCGUGGAGCUACAUUUGCUUCCUGGUGAGAGGAAUGCUCUGUCUUUCUAGCUGCCCGUCUUUCCUCCUUAGACUUACUGGUGGGUGGUGAGCUUAUUAUAUGGCUGUGGCUGUCAUAAUUAUUGAACAACAUCUCUUUGAAUCAAAGGUUGAUUUUCCCAGAAGGUGCUGGGACAGGCAUUUCUGUUCAGAUUGGAAAGCAAAUAUGGACCCGAAGACAGACAUUCUUUAUGGAAGUGGCCAUCUUAAGCUUUUUUGCUGUGGCCUUUCAGAAUUUUUACCAGGACAUAAUGAACUUAAAUAUAAAAAUGAAUGAACUUGUAUUAAAUUAUCUUGAAACUCUUGGCUUAAAGGUUUCCAGUGUUAAGACUAGAGUAUUUCUGUCUUUCUCCUUGGCCUCUUAUGCUUCAGGGCUUCUAGAAUUUUUUAUUUAUUUAUUUUUUAAACUGAUGGUUCUUUCUCUUCAUCAGCCCUAGGCCCAUCUGGGAAGUUGAGGGACUUGGCUGAAGUUCUGUAAUACUUUGAUGUCAUAAUUGGGACUACAGUCCUCAUCACUUACUUCCUAGCCUGAUCUCCUUCCUUGCCACAUAGGGGUUUUCGUGAUAAUUAAAGUAUGUGUCCCAAAGGUCACACAGGGGAUUAGGGGCAGAGACUGGACUGAGAAAACUGAGAGGGUGGGAUCCCUGGGUGGCGCAGCGGUUUGGCGCCUGCCUUUGGCCCAGGGCACGAUCCUGGAGACCCGGGAUCGAAUCCCACAUCGGGCUCCCUGCAUGGAGCCUGCUUCUCCCUCUGCCUGUGUCUCUGCCUCUCUGUCUCUCUCUGUGUGACUAUCAUGAAUAAAUAAAUAAAAUCUUAAAAAAAAAAAAAAAAAAAGAAAAAAGAAAACUGAGAGGGUCUUUGCAAAGCCCAUGGGAUCAGUUCCUGAGGUCAGCUGUCCCUCCAGGCAUGCUACCUAGCCUGUCUCCAGAGCAGUUGUCUGGUGGUCACCAGUUCCUAUUGGCAGUACUGUCCUUAGGCACAUCUUGCUCUCUUGCCUGUGGCAGUUCCUCCUUGGCUGCACCUCUGACUUGGCCAUCCUCGUCCUUGCUGUUCUCUCCGGCCUGUUGCGGUCCUGACUGCUAAGCAUUGAUGCCCUCUGUCCCUGAGAACACCUGCUUAUUUCUCGGAAACAAGUUGAAGACAGAGUCUUUACCAUGCUAGUGUUGGAGAUCGGUUGUAUGUGUGUGUGUGUGUGUAAAUGGGGACGAUAUACAUACUAUUUUUUGUAUUUUAAAAAGAAAGUGUUGAGAAAACCUAAAA